CUUUUCUUCCGCCCACCGCGCGCAUCUUUAAACCAACAGUAACCGCCUGAGCUCAACAAAACACAGGUCCGCGUGCUUAAUAGGGCUUGUGCCAGUAUGUUUACAAGUAAUCCUCUCGCUUCCUUAAGUUGUAGAUGUUAUAUUUAAUCACGUAAACUGUGUACGAUCUGAGGAGCAGUAAAUGUUAGAGUCAUAGCCUAGCUUCAGUGCUGCCGAUCCUGGUGCUAAGGCCUUCCACUGACAUUAUGAGGCAGAUAGUGAGUAGAAGAGUAGAAUACCAUUGGUCUUUUGAGUAUUGUCUCAAGUGGAAAAGAUCCAUGUUGACCCAAGGCUCCUCAAGCCUACUAAAAAGAGGCCCCAAGAAGAGAGGCCAGAGAAGCCCCAGCCCUAAUGAAGAAUUUAUCAUGCACAAAUCGAAGGCUAAGAGACAGAGGAAGGGGCUGAAGAAAACAGAAACUAGUGGCAGCAAAGUCCACGCAGAUGAGUGGAGGGACCGCGACAUCCUUGACAUUAUUAACAGCAGACAUCAAGCUAAAGGUGUCGGCAAGGAGGAAGAAGAGAGGUUUGUAGAGGGGACUGAUGAAGGAGUGGAUGAUUCAGAUGAAGACUGCAUCUCUGUUGCCAGCAGUAUCGUUUCUGGUCCUUCUCUCCCCCCUAAUGCCUUUCCAAGGAAACAGCUUCUCUCACAGGGCUUGUGCAAAACCUGUAGGAGCCUCUUCACGAAGGCAAAGAAGUUGAAAAGACCAAUGAAAGACAAACUCCUGGAAAAUGAUCCCAAGUCCCUGACAUGUGACCAGUGGGUUCUGAUCAAGAGCUGGAGACCGAGGAAGCUGCCUAAUAAAACAGGGACGCUUCUGAUCCAUGUGAAACUGGUUAAGAAAAGACUUAAGGCCAAAAAUGGCGCAAAGCCAAACUCGCCAUGUUUGGGAAAGUCGGAAUCUCCAGCCUGCUCAAGGCCCCACAGUUUCCUCCAGAGGAACCUUAGACGGUGUGUCAGAAAGCCAGUGAAACGGAUGAAGAAGAACAGGGUGAAGAGGAGAAGAGUUGAUUCUCAGGGUCCUCGUGCCGCGAAGCAGCAGCGUCUCCACAGCAACAAUCACCUCCUAGACACCAGUGCAAGCAGCACCGAAAAGAGCAGUAUUUGCAGUGCUGGCUUCGAAGGUCGGAUCAAUCGAGAAGUCAGCGAUGAAGAUGUAUCGGACACAAAUCUGACGGUUGAGUUGAUCCCCUCCAGGGUCUCCCUGGAAAUAACCGAGCCCAGCGAGCACCCAUCCAGGCAGAAAGCACCAACAAAAGCGUCCGGAUUCAGAGACUUGCUUGCCCAGUUGCGUGGCAACAGCAGUAUGAUCGUGAGAGAAACUCGUUAGAGAAGUGACUCUGUGUUUUUUUAAAUUAAGUUUCAGGAAGGUGUUCAAGCCCUGAUGUAGCUUGUUACUUGUUGAGUUUGCGUAUUAGCCCUCCUAUUUUCCUCUUCUAAACGGCAGACUAAAUACUUGUUCCUGAUGUUUCUGAGUUUAGUAGACCACUUGCAUGUUAUGUUUUUUGUUAUCAACUAGUUUAAUUCCACAUACAACUGUAUGUUACAGUUGGUUUAUCUAUACGAAUUUAACUCAAGAUCCAUUUAAAUACCACAUACUAAUUCAAUGUCGUUUUGAGUUGGAUUGUGUGGGGGAGGCAGUAUAGAUUUGGGACACAGUAUAUCCUUUACCUGUCUGCAAAAAAGUAUUUUUAAUAAAAGAUCAUUCCUGGUGGUGGGUGUGUAAACUAUUUUCAGCUGACAGUGUUGUUGGACCCUCUCUGUUAAAGCCCACAUGGUGGCGCCACUUAAUAAAGGAAUCUGA